AUGACACUUAUUUUCUCUAAAGUUCGAGCAGAUGUUGCUAAAGAUUUUGUAUUGAGAUUUCCCGAACAUUUUGAUUUUACCGGCAUGUUGUGUCGUAUCGGUGAGGAUUUUGGUGUCAGUGUGAUAAAAGGAUCCGGUUUUUAUCGUUUGGAGGGUCAGUGGUUACCGAUAGGCCAAAUUCAUGAAGCAUUGACCAAAACACUUGCUAUGUAUGAGGCGUCGGGAACGAUACGAGCUGACAAUACCACGGAACGAUGUAAUGCCAAAAACUCCAGAAUUACGGAUUCGCCCACUUCACGGAUUGAGUUGAAUACCAAAGUUGAGUCACAGUUGGAAUCAGAUGCAAAGACGGACAAGGGACCCGAUGUGAAUGUUAAGGAUAUGGACCGUGAUGAUGAUUGUGGCGAUGAAAAUCACAAAUUUAACUCGCUGAAAAACACCAUAUCUGACAUUUACACAUCACUUGUCACAGAGGGGGAAGGCAUCACCACUAAUCAUCACAAUAAUGCCCAAAAUGACGUUCAAAAGAUGAAAGACAUAGUUGUAUUGGAAGAAGAUAAACAUUUACCACUAGUGAAGAAAAAUCUUACGUUCAUUGAAAGUUGCCGGGUUAAUAGUUUCAAUGACAAAUUCGCACUUUCAACAUUAAAAAUAAAUAAUUGCUGUACAACUAGCAAUAAAUCUUUAUCUGGAGAGAAAAACUGUGAUAAAAUUUCAUCUGUGUCUUCAAAACAGAGAGAAAUAGUGGAACAACCUGACAAAACGUCAGUUUCAAUUAAAAAGUGUUAUAAACGAAUCAAAAUGGAUAAAUGUGAAGCUGAUAGAUAUCAAUGUGUAGAAUGUAACUUUACCCACAAAAAUCAUACUGCUGUAAGACAACACUUUUCACGUAUGCAUCGAGUGGAGCCAACCAAAUGUAAUGUCUGCCAAAAACUCUUCCCAAGUAAGAGAUAUGCUAAGCGACACUGUCGUUUGGUACACAGGGACUCACAAUACUGCUGUGAUGUCUGUGGUAAGACAUACAAGUUUCUGCAAACUCUUGAAGGCCAUUUGAAAUCUCACAGAGUUGGCUAUGUUAAACCUGACUUUCCUUGUCAUAUGUGUGAAAAGAUAUUCUCUUCUAAUCAUGUUCUAAAAUGUCACAUGAAGUCUAUACACUUUGGAGAAAAUCGUACAUAUUUGUGUCCAGUGUGUGGCAAAUGUUUUACCACGAAACACUCUCUGAAUAUGCACCAGAAUGUCCAUUCAGGAAGUCGUCCUUUUACUUGUAAAAUUUGUGGAAAAUCUUUUACAUAUGACUCGGCUCUCAGAGAUCACAAAUUGAUUCAUUCAGGUAAAAAAAACUUUGAGUGUAAAAUUUGCAAUAAAGCAUUUCAGCAAAGAUCUGGAUUACAAAUGCAUGCAAAGAUUCAUGACGAGAAGAAGGCCUUUGAGUGUAAAGAUUGUGGACGUGCUUUUAUACAGAAACAGUCUCUGCAGAGACACGAGCGAUCACAUAAAGGGGAAAAGCCAUUCUCCUGUAAAGUGUGUGGCCGAUUCUUUGGUGAUUCAGGAAUCAUUCGUCGUCAUUUGAUAAUGGUACAUAAAAUCAAUAAAGAUGCCAAAUCUUGGAGGGAAGAUAUUGUUGAGAAGGGUCGAAAAGACCCUGAAGAAGAAAGUCAGAGAAUCACCAAGGAGAAUGGCAUUGGUGCAGAUUUAAUUGAAAAUUUUGAGCAGAGCAAGAAAAAAUCACAUGAACCAGAAAAACGUAAGACUAUUGAACAUGUAGACACUGAAACUAAUCAAUCAAGCAUUCCUUGCCCAAAAUAUCAGGAAGAUGGUGGUACAACUGUGCAACCUCAAGGUGACUCGGAUAAUCUCGAGACAUUCACCACAUCUCCAACACAUGAGUCCCCAUCUCCAAACUUACUACAGGGGACAGAUGAGCCAAGAUAUCUCUCUGAUCCCCAAUCAUUUAUCACCAAUGACUAUAGUCGCACUUUGCCUCUCCCCUCACAACUAUAUCCCCAUGGUACUAGUUUGGGAGUAGAGGCAACACCUAACAAUGGUUUUCACCAUCCACACUACCUAAACCCUCCACUCUCCAGUCACGUGGACACUAGUAGGUACCACUUUCCCAUGACUUGCUCUCAGCAUGCUAUUAGUAUGGUGUCAGAUGCCCGCUACACAAUGACUCAGAUGGAACCUCCCAGUCUUAAUCUGCCGCAGGUAGACAGUGUUUUGAAUAAACAUUUACAUGAUAUGGAACCUCCUGAAAACUUGUCCAUAUCAUCCCUCUAUGCCUACUACACAAAUCUAGCAUCACAAUAUCUCAGUGUUUCCCAAUGCCAAGGCUAUAGUGGAGAAAAUCACAUUACCACUGACCAGGAGUAA